UCUGUGUUCUGUCAGCCUCGCCAGGAUUGACGCUUCUUGCACUGUACGGAUCCGUGCACCUUCACUCGAGAUCGUUCGUCUCGCUCGCUCCCCCGACAAAUGGCCAGCUCCAGGCAAGCGGCAGCCUCUGGCGCGUCCGCAAGCGCAAGCGCAACCGCGGUGGCCGGGUUCGUGCUGCCCCUGCCGUACCGGCUCUUCUUCCUGCUCGUCGAGCCGAUCGCGACGCUCGCGGGCGCGUACUACGCCUUCUUCGACCAGCGCACCUACCUCGACCUCACGCACGCGGCCUCGGCGCCCUCGCCCGUCCCGCUCGGCACCUCCAUCGCCAUGUCGCAGCUUGCCAAUCUCUACCUCGCCUUUGCGCUCAGCGAGGCGCUCGUCCUGCGGUCGACCGCGGACCUCCGCGUCUGGAGGACCCUGCUCUUCUGCCUGCUGGUCGCCGACUUUGGCCAUCUCUACACCGUCCGCGCGCUGGGGCCGCAGAUCUACUGGCGCGUCUCCGAGUGGAAUGCCAUCGACUGGGGCAAUGUUGGCUUCGUCUAUCUGGGCGCGUCCAUGAGGGCUGCCUUCCUGGCGGGGGUCGGGUUUGGCGCAAGGAAGAAGGUCACGAAAGCUGCCUGAACACGGGGAGGGGCCGAGGAGGCUGCGGUGGCGGCCCCGAACAGCAGCACCGAGCACGGGGCCGCAUGGAUGGCACUUGCUUUCGUUAUGGCAGUCCGGUGUUGAUCGUGCUAUGGCUGGGCCAUGUUUCUGAAAGGCAAGACGCACCUAUGGCUGCCUCAAGCCUGCCCUAGUUAUGAAGCUCCCAGCUCUCAGGCGGGGCGCCGUCUCCAAGACUUCCUUUCCAGCACCUGCUCGUCUGCUCGAGCACCGGUCGCCGGCGACCAGACCGCAGGGCAAGAAAUCCACGAAGCCUUGCGCUGCUUU